AUGCACACUGUAUACUCACGGAUUAACAAUGUCUCUGCCAUGGUCUCUACCUGUGUUAUGGUCCUCCUUGGUGCCAUCUCCUUGUCCUCCUUCCUCUUCACCGCCGAUCCAAAGGGGGCUAUUGGGGUCUCGAGCAUCAAAGUUUUCCCCGGAAAUGCACGCCGAUAUGCGAACAAGCACCAAGACUUCUCGUUCGUGAACUUCAACAUCACCGCAGACCUGUCGCCUCUGUUCAACUGGAACACGAAGCAAUUGUUCCUCUACGUGAGCGCGGAGUACGAGGGCACAAAAGGGACCAAAAACGAGGUUGUCAUCUGGGACUCCAUUGUUCGCAAGAAGGAGGAUGCGAUGCUGCAGAGUUUUGAGGGCAAGAACAAGUAUGCGUUCCGCGAAUUGAGCGCUUCCUUCAAGCACGCGGCACCAGCUCAUUACACGCUCAAGUACAAUGUGAUGCCAUACGUGGGCGUGCUGACGUACGGGGAGGCGGCGCGCACAGAAGAGCCUGUAUCUUUCCCCGAGAGCCACGACCUGUCAUAG